AGAAUUCAAUGAGAAAAUUGACAUUCGGCUCGAUACCCACAAUAAUCAUUGAAUCGAAAAUCAGAUCGACAAAAUGCUGCAACAGGACAUUCUGAAAGUGCGGCAAGUUAUGUACGUUUGUUCGCGGUUUGCGAGCCAUAACAAAAAGAAAGUUUACAAGAACGAAGGCAAAAAAUACGAAAAACUUCGCUACUAUCCAAGGGAUCCCAACUAUGUCGAAAAGCCGAUCGAGAAUCCAGUCAAAUUGUUUAAAGUCCAGCGAAUUAAGCCGAUGAAAGGGAAUCCCUACUGGGAGAAAGAAAUCCUGGUGAAUCUGGGUGUAUCCGAAAAGAUGAGCGAUGUAGCCGUUGUUAAGAAUAUCCCUGAAGUAAAUGCUAUGCUGUGGAAGGUAAAACAUUUGGUGGACAUUAAGCCGAUUGUGUUUCCGUACGGUGAGCCGACAGUGGACGAUGUUAAUCACACAUUUCUGAAAGAAAGUGGCGAGUGCAUCGUGACGAAGGAAAUUAAAUUCGAUGAAAGCAGAUUGCUGGCACGGAAUGAAUUUGAUGAGAAAGCGGAACGCUUGGAUGGACCCACAUUGAAGAAUAAUAGCAGACUGAAAUGGUUGAGCGGAUAUGAGUGUUAAAGAUCAGUAAAGUAGUCAUCCAGUUGAACAUAGAAAA